AUGGAAGUAGAGUAUGGUUCUGACGGGGCUCCAUUUGUGACAUGGGGCGGUAACAAGAUAAUGCUGGAACUGGAUCCGGCAGUUGACGAAGCCUGUAAAGAAGUGGCUAAGAAAGAAUUGAGAGAAACUCCGGAAGUGGUUGAGCAGGCUUUGGCAGAGUUACGACAGCUUUUAAGAAAGGAACCAUCGCUGUACGUUCCCAUAGACAGAGACGACUACCUCCUGAAAUUCCUCAGACCAUGCAAAUUCUAUCCUGAAAGUGCAUUCAAGAAGAUACAAGCAUACUACAAGUUCCGGAUAGCACAUGCUGAUUACUGCCACGAUUUGUUACCAUCGGCCAUUCGUUCGCCAUUUGAACAUUCAAUUGUAUCAAUUUUGGCGCCGCGGGACCAACAUGGACGUCGCAUCGUGCUGGUCGAAUGUGGAGAGAGAUGGAACCCACAAGAAGUAUCCCUCAAAGAAGUGUUCCGGGGCAUCCAAGUGGGCCUUGAAGGAGCGAUGGCUGAGCCAGCAACUCAGAUCUGUGGAGUCAUCAGCGUGUUCGACAUGAAGGGCCUGGCAUUCAAACACAUCAUGCAGUUCACGCCGUCUUAUGCCAAGAUGGUCUUAGACUGGAUUCAGGAAUCAGUACCAAUCCGCGUAAAGGCAGUCCACAUAAUCAACCAGCCGUACAUCUUCAACAUGCUAUUCGCAAUCUUCAAGCCCUUCAUGAGAGAAAAACUUCGCUCCCGUAUUCAUUUCCAUGGAAACAAUAUGAACUCGUUAAUGGAACAUGUAGACCCCAAGGCACUGAGAAAGAGGCACGGAGGUCUACUACCUGACCCCGAGAUCACUGGUGAUGUUCUGUGGAAGAUGCUGCGACACUAUGAGGAAGAAUACAAAUUGGCGAAUUCAUACGGCUACGUGCAGAAUGUAAACAACAAUAAAAUAUAG